AUGUGCCAGUGGACUCAGAGAAACUACAGCUGCGGCCAUGUCCGCUACGUUGCUGCCGAAUGGUGCCGGUCGUACCGGAUGCGCAAGCAGCGCUGCUCCGUUGACGUGACCAAUGUCGAGGACAGGUGUGACGAGCUGUGUGCAUCCUGUCGCCCCCGCCAGGUGACGCCUCAACAUGCUUCCUACAUCAACAGCAUAUACAAGGACCUGUGCCAGAAGCAUCCCGACCGGGACUGGGAGAAGAUCCGCGUGCUGGCCGAGCCCGGACCGCACGAGCGAAAGUGA